GCCAAACCAUCAGCUUGUCACCUUCCCGCCCAUGCCCGAGCAGAACACCGGAACAGAGCGAGCGAAACAAAAGCUAAUUAAGCGACCCAUGGCCCAGGGAGGCGAUGCCGCCGCGUGCCGCUGCAGUCUGCCCCUGCUGCCACUGCCACCGCGGCGCCUCCUCCUCGUCGUCCUCGUCGCCAUGCUGACCGCGGUUUUGGUGGCGGCGCCGUCGGCGAGGGCGGCGUGGGUGGAGGACUACCCGUCGGGGGUGCCGUGCGGGGCGACGAUCCCGGUGGAGCAGUGCGACCCGGGGGACGCGGCGGCCAACAGCGCAUGCAUGGACGUGUGCCACUACGGCGGGUGCCGCCGCGGCGGCCGCUGCGUGUCGCUCGGCUUCGCCAGGGGCCGUGGCUGCCAUUGCAGGUGCUAGCCUGCCGCACGGUAGCUUCCAUGUUCUUGCAGUUCGCCAGCGGCUCUUCCCGGCCUUUUUUUCCCCUCUGUGUGUACUUGAGUGGUACGAUCUGUGCAAUAUUGCGUUGGGUGGUUUCACCUGCGCAGUCGGUGGCUUC